GUGAAGGGGGUGGUGACAAAGAGCAGCAGAGAAAAAGAACUCCACAGAGAGAGAAGGCUCAUUCACUUCAACCACAGCUGGCUAAAAAUCUGCACAUUGAACUACAGACUGGACAAAGAACUGUCUUCUCUCCCGCUGGUGGGAUAAUGGCUCCUUCCACUUUUACUAAGGAUGCAGGUAUUCUGCACCUCCUCCUACUAGGAUUACUUCUACCAUCAGUUUCAGGACAAGAUUCCAGUACUACCUCUGGAAACACUAUUGUCUCUACAACCCAGGCCACAGUUUCCUCCACCUCUGAAAAUACCAUCCAACCCUCUUCUUCAAAUAUAACUGUGGCCACAACAAACACAGCUACAAGCCAACAAACUGCAAUGACCACCAACAAUUCAGCAACCACCACCAGUCAGUCCACCAUGUCCAAUACGUCCACUUAUGGAGUCACCUCCGGAGCCUCCACAUCUAGCAGCACAUACUCUCUCACAACCACCUCUGAAGGCAUGGUAUCCAGCAGCACCCUUUCUCCCACACCGACAACCAGCAGAGACUCUGCAUCCAGCAGCACGCAUUCUCUCACAACCACUUCUGAAAGCACAGCAUCAAAAAGCACCCUUUCCUACACAGUCACCUCUGGAGGCUCAGCAUCUAACAGCACGCACGGCAACACAAACGUCACGACUGGGAACACUACUUCAAAUGCUACUUCAAUGAACACGAUAUAUUGCCCCUCCUUCAACUGUUCCUACUCUGAAUGCUAUUCAACAUACAUCACUCAGAAUUUAACUAAAUGCAGUGAUGGUGACUACUGUCAGCUGUUAAAGUCCACGGCCAUGUGGUACAUUGCAAGCUGCAGCUCCCCCUGUGCAGAGAGCUGUGUCAACACUUCUCAGACCAACUGCUCUGUGAACUGCUGUAAUUCUACUGGAUGCCUCAACAACACUUUUGCAUCUAUGAUGACAACUACUACAGCCCCUGGAACCACCACAACAGGAGCAACCCAACCAAACCCCACGACUACAACAGCAAACAAUAGCAAAAAAUGCCAAAUGGGAACAUGCACUGGUGAAAAUUGCUACACAAGUUUUAAGACUCUACAAAUUUGCUCUUCCUCACAGCCACACUGUCAGCUGAAAAAGGAGACUAUAAACUCUGUCUUGACGUGGACAGCAGGUUGCACCAACAACUGCACUGGCCAAACUGCCUGCAAAGCCUCCACACAGCCCCCAUGUUAUCAAGAGUGCUGCAACGCCACUGUGACCUCCUGCCUAAUGUUGAAUGGCACAGUGAAUGUCCCCUCGUUCGCCACCAGAGGCCCCCAACUUCACACAGAAGUGAUCGUUUCUUUACUUUGCCUGCUUGCAAUCACUUUGCUGCUGUGAGUGACAGAUAAUGCACUUGCUGAACUGCUGUGUUGAUCACUAAUGUAGUCUACCCAGAGCUUUAUGUUACUACUGAAAAAAAGCAGUUGACAAACCUUUAUACAUUUCUACCAUGUAUCUUAUCAAUAUUCAUCUGUGAUUGAAUACAUGUGAAAAUAUCAAAAGCAUAAUUUAUCAAGAUUUUUAUGUUUCUUUUCUAAUCAUUACUUAUCAGAUUCAUUUAUGGUUCAAGGGCAGUAAAAUGCCUUUGAACAGUAUUGAUCAUUUAAUUCUUAAUGAAAGAAAACAUGCCACAAGCAACUUAUUCCUGACAGCAGUUCAUAUUCAGGGUGCAAAUCCCCUUUGUAACAUAAAAGAUAUGAAAUGUGUAAUAUAAGAACAUUAUUUCUUAGUUAAUUUUUUAAUGGCUUUUAAUUGCUAAAUAUCUUGUAGUCUGUUUUAGCCAUGAACUUGUCCAUUGCCUUCAUUGAUUCCACAUGAAAUGAAAGCUAAAAACAGUUUGUCUGUGCCAUCUAAAUUCAUUACAGACAAAGCUCAAUGAAGGAUGGGUGAGUGAGUCUAAACACAGACACUGCCUUCUGUUAACGUGAUCAUUAUAAAUGCUUUAUCAUAAAAUUUUUUCCCUUUAAGUCAUUGUGAGAUUACCGCAGCUUUAACUCUUAUUGCACUUUAUACAACUCAAAUGUUGAGCUUUUACAGGAAGUUGUGAAGACUUGUUGAAGCAUUUCUACAGAUGUUGCCUUGAUGAAAUGUGCAAUUCCUUUAGAUACCUUUGGUCUUUGUUUUUGGUGUGAUUUGCGUGUUGCCUGUUCUUUGUGGUUUACAAAUAAUAUUUUCUUGUAUCAUGGUGUCAUGUAAAUGCUAAAUGAAAUCAGAAAUGUGUCAAUUUAUUCCAAAUCUUGAAAUUAAUACAAGAGUUGUACUUUGAAAUUAAAUAAAUGUAAUCUAUGCA